AUGCAUUCGGCCACACUGUCUGCCUUCGUAGGCAAUAGAGUUUCUGAGAUUCAAGACCUCACCGCAGGUUCACAUUGGAGAUAUGUCCACACAAAUUGUAAUCCAGCAGACAUUGUGUCAAGAGGCAGCACUGUUAAGGAUCUCACUAAUUCUAUUUGGUUUAAAGGACCUUCAUUUCUUCGUCAAGAGAUGUAUAAGUGGCCUGCAAACAAAAACGACAACUUGGAUUUUGAAGAAGUCAAUAAGGAAAAACGAAAAGCAGCAUUCAAGGUAACUGUAUCAACCAAUUAUGUCAUAGAUAUUAUUGAUAAGUAUAGCUCACAUACAACGGCUGUUCGUGUACUGGCUUGGUUGUUUCGUUGGUAUCAUCAUUAUAAGAAGAAGUUCAACCGCAAUGUCUUUACAGAAGUCCUUACUCAUGAAGAAUUAGACUACGCCUUUCGAUGCAUCAUUUUAAAUAUACAAGCACAGUACUUUGCUGAAGAUAUUUAUUUAUUGAAUCGAGGAUCUAUAACAAAAGGUUCAUUAAAAUACCUCAACCCAUUUAUUGAAGAUACCGGUGGGUAUAAGCUGAUAAAGGAUGGUGGACGAUUAGAAUUGGCUGAUCUUGCAAAAUAA